AUGAAAUUGGAGAUGCUUGAAUAUUUGUUGAUACAAUUAAAUUUCUAGGAAAAUAAACUUAAAUGGAAACAUACUCUCUUUUAUGUGAUCUUAAGUCAAAUAUUGAGUAUAUUUUUUCUGAUCUACCCUUUUAUCUCAAAUAGAGGGAGACAGAAUUAAUUUGAAUCAAUUAUGGAAAUACCAAAAGUAAUUCUCCUUGAAUUUUUAGAGUAAGUAUAUGUAGCUGAGUAUUCAGUUUUGAUAAUGAAUGCUUGGAUAAUAAUAUUGUUAAUUUCCUUAUGUUUUGAGAAUUAGAAAUAAAAAAUAACUCAGAUGAAAACAUUUGAAACAAAAUAAUUAUAAUCAAUUCCAAUAUAUUAUUUGAUGCUUACUUCUAAAAUAAUAAAUUAUAUGUUACUCUAACCUUUGCUUUGUUUGGGAUUGUUUAAUUUGUAUACUAAUUUUUAAUCUAAUCAAAUUAAUCUUUACUAUAUCAUUUAAAAUUUAGUAUUUCUCCUGUUUGUUCAUGUAUUUUCAAUAAGCUAUUAUAUCUUAAAUAAUACUACUUUACUAUUAACAGAUAAAAUGGAUAAAAAAAUUGAAGAUGAUUAUUUAGAUUUUAUCAUCUAUAUUCUUAGAAUACUUUAAUCCUAUAUAUUUAUUUUAUUUGAUAGUCCUAUAACACUAUAUUUUUAAGGUGUAAUAUAUCUUUCAAUUAGUAUAAUUAGAAUAUACACAAUAUUGAUUUAAAUGAAGUAUUGUGAUUUCAAUCAUUGUUUUAUUCUACUAUUUUUUUCCUCUUCAGGAUUGAUUAUGUCAAUAUGUAUAUUUGGAGAAUAGAAUUUCAAUUUAGGAUAUUUAAUGUUAUUAAAUCCAUUACUGAUAUUCUGUCUUUGGAAUAUUUUAAGUUAUUAAAUUGAAUUCAUAAUAGUCAAUGAUCCAUAAAAAUUAUCUAUAGAUAUGUUACAUUUUUUAGUUUGUUUUAUAUUUGCAGAUAAUCAAUUUUCUAAAUAAAAAAAUUGUCUUCUUAAUGGUAUUAAAUUUAGCAAACAUAUCAAAUAUUGUUAAUCAGUUAAUUGUUCAUGUUAAAAUAAAUACAAUGCUAUGGAUCCAUUAGAAUUAAAUCUAAUUUAAUUGGAUAUCUUUUAAUCAUUUUAAAAUUCAAUUGUUCAAUAAUUCAGAUAACUCAAUUUACAUAAGAAAGGUAAACAUUUUUAUAAGAUGUGUCAUCUUUUAUCAGCCUUACAUUAAUUAGGAUAUCAUUAAGAAAUCUAUUAUCGUAUAGAAGAUUAGAAAUAUAAAUAUUUGUUAACUUUUGUAUAAUAAAUCAAUUGGAUUGUGUUUACUUUUAUUAUUAAAAAAUAAAUGUACAAUAAAUUUGCAUAAUAAUUAGAAACAGACAAUAAAGAAUGUCUUGAAUUAUCUGCAAAAAUAACAGCAUUUUUACAUUCUGAAUCAUUUCAUCUUUAAAUAAGAAAUAAUUUAAUAUCAUUAAUUAAAUUGAAAAUCUAAAUCUUAUCAUCCCUUUUAAUAUUAAAUAAUGAUGAAUUAUAUGAAUAUAUUGAAACUUUUGCUUUAGAAAGUAUUAAAAGAGAAAAUGAAUUGAAAUAAAUAUUUUUAAGAUUUCCAAGUUCUAAAAACUAAUCUAUUUUAAUGUUUUUUAUGGGAGAAAUUGUAAAUGAUUGGUAUAGGGCCUAUGAAUUCUGUAAUUUUAAUUCAUUUGAUAAUAAUACUUAUUAACAAUUCAUCUCAAGUGACAUUAAUAGUAUCUCCAAUAAAAUGACUUAUCUUGUAUUUGUAUAUGAAAAUAAGAAAUUAUAUUUGUAAGGCAUUUCUAAAAAGGCUUGUGAAAUAUUUGGAUGGGAUUAAGAAUAAUUUUCUUAAUUAAAAGAUGCAAAUGUCCUUCUUCCUUAUUGUAUAAGAGAUACUCAUGAUUAAGAGAUAGAUAAAUUCUUAUAGACAGGUAAAGGAUUAUAUUUUAGAACAAAAGGUAUCAAUUUUUGUUAAUGUAAAACUGGAUAUUUAUAACCUAUUCACUUUUUUUAUGAUAUCUAAUUUGAUUAAUAAUCCUUUUUUUAAUUUAUCUCCUUUAUUUAAAAACUAGAAACUCAUUUAGGAAUUUUGAUUGUAGAUGAAAAUACAAAAAUCUAAGGAAUCAGUAAAGAUUUCUUUAAGAUGAUGAAUUUUUCAUAAUUAUUAAUUGAUUCUAUCCAAAUUGAAAAAUUAUUAUAUGGAUUAUCAUCAUCAUUGUUUUUUUCAUUAUCCUAAUUUACUAUAGAAUCUACUACUAAAUCAGUCAUUACUUUUCCAAAUGAAGAAUUAUGUUUAUUAAUGUAAAGUUAAAGUCUAAGUUAAAAAAUAAAUCUAUGUAAAUAAAGACAUUCUUUUAAUCUUUUUGAAGUACAAGGUGAUAUCCAAAUAAGAAAUUCAUAUAGUAUCAUUAGAAUCUAUAGAAUGAUGGAAUGUGAAGCUUCUAUUUAAACAUAAAAAUAAAUUGAAUAUUAUAAUUCAGGUGAAUUUCCAUCUAUUAUAAAUGAUGAAGAUGCUGUUAUCAGUCCUUAUGAUGAAUGCUUUUAGUUCUUUUCUCCUCUAAAUGAAAAUCAAUAAAAUUAAUCAAAUCAAUACUUUUUAAGAUCCACCUAAAAAUAGAUUACCAAGAAAAUCUAAUUGAUUGAAUCCAAUAUAUAAAAUAGUAUUUCAUAAUUAGUUGAAAAUGAAUAAUAAACAAUUAAAAUGUUAGGCAAUAUUUAUUAAAAUGAAUAAGAAGAUGAUACAGUAUCUUUCUAAUAGGAUGCAUAAUCAAAUGCUUCUUAUGAAUAAUUAAGAAAAUCUCACUUCUAUAAAAAGUACUGUUUAUAUUACACAAUAAUCAAUUCUGAUUCCAUACAACCACAUAUACUCAAAUCAACAAUUAAUUUAUUUAUGGUCUUAUUUAUCAUUCUGAUAUUUAUAAUACUAGUAAUAAAUUUAUUAUUAUAUAUUAGUUUUCUAUAUUAAAAGCAUUUGAUCUCUAAAAAGUAAUCUUGUAUUAUGAUUAAAUUUAAAUUAAUCAUUUUUUUAUUGAACCAAUUCAUAAGUUUUACUUGGCUAGAUUCACUGUAUAGGAUUACUUCUACCUCAGAUACUUGAAUUAGAUUAGUGAAGCUGAAAAUCAAUUCUAUUAAUCAUUCUCUAUAGCAAAUAUAAUUAGAGAAUAUUCAAUAAUGAGACUUAAUUUUUAGGAACAUUUUUAGGAAUAAAAAUUUCAAGAAUUCUUAUUUAACUAAUAUAUGAAUGUAAAAUAAUAAACAAUUCAUUAUAUUCCUAUAAGUACUUAAGUUUACAAUAUUACAGUAUAAUCAGCUUUUGCUUAAUUAUUAGAUGCAUUCUAUAAAUAAGAAUUAAUUUAUUUGUAGUCAUUUAAUGUCAAUAUCUUAGGUGUAGCACCUCAUUAAACCUUUUAAUAUCUAAAUUAUAUUUAAUUUAUUACUAUUUUUGAUGAUAUUUCUAAUUAGAUUUAAUAGCAAUUCUUAAAUUAAAUGAAAGCAACCGAAAAUUUGUGGUUAUUCCUUUGUUUUCCAACACAAUUAAUUUCAACUUUUUUUCUUUUAGGAUCCUUUCUAUAUAUAAGACAUCUCAAAAGAAUUAUUGAUAAAUUCAUCAAUCUAAGAUCAUUUACAGAUUUAUAAAGUGUAAGUAAAGAUCUUAAGAGACUUUCCUUUUUGAUCAAUCAUCUCAAAUCUGAUUCAGAUAUGAUAUAUAAAUAUAGAUUUAAUUUAAAUGCAAAAGAAUCAAUUAUUAUGGAAAAUAUGAGAGGAAAAAAUAAUGUUAAGGAUGAAACUCUAUAUAAUAAAUAAACACCUAUAAUUAAGUUAAUUCAAAUUUAUUUCCUAAUAUUCAUAGUAUGUGCUGGAAUCAUAAUGACCUUAACACUUAUUAUAACAUCAUUCUAUUAACUGUUUCCUAAGACAUUUAAUUAUUUUAAGUUAUUCUCAGAUGUUGGUGUUUAUGUACCAGCAGCAUUUUCACAAAAAGAAAUUUUAUAUUUUUGGAAUAGAUUUCAAUUCUUUACUUCUGAAGACAGAGUUUAAUUUAUGGAAUAAGUUUCUAUAGGUAUAGAGAAAAUUAAUAAAUUCAUUUCAACUGAUGUUUAUGCAGAUGAGUUACAAUUUUCUAAUGAUUUUUUGAAUUAUUAUUAAUAUAUUGGAUCAAACAAUAUAUGUCCAUUAUUAAAUAAAGUAAUUAAUUAUUUAAAUAUUAUAGAGUAAUUAUGUUGAAUUUGAUUAUUUUUGUGAAAAUUCAAAAAGUGGUAUUUUGAAGAGAGGUCUAUUACCAACUUUGAGUGAUUUUAAUUAUUAAUUGAAAUAUGAAUUAGAUAAUGGAUUAAUUAAUAGAACUAUAAUACCUAUGGAAGAAUUAGAAGCAGUUUAUCUUUGUUCAGAAGUAAUAAGUUCAUUGUGUGAUUAAAUGUUGUAAGAUAUAGUAGAUCAAAUCAAUAAAUUAGAUAAUAUUCUAAAUGUAAAUAUUAUUAUUGAUAAUUUAUAGUGGAUACUUACAUCAUCUUUUAUAUUAAUUGUUUUAGGAUGUUUGAUAGUUUAUUUAAGAGUUUAUCCAAGAAUGAAAAAUAAAUUAAAGUAUGUUAAAAAGAUUACAUAAAUAUUUCCAUAAGAUUCAAUAUUUUUAAAUGAUUAUUUGGAAAGAGAUAUCAGGAAAAUAAUAUUAAUAGAAUAAAUUAAUUGA